UAAACCGCUUGCCCAUUGUCAGACCUGCUGAAGCAAAUCAACUCCCUCCUGUUUUCUCCUUCACUAAAUCAUCUAUGCCAUCAAAUUAACUUCAAAUUUCCAUCAGCUUGUAUCCUCAUUUAGCCAGGAAGUACUGGUUUUAUAAUAGAAUGGCUGGACAGGAGACUGUGAAACAACUUGAGGAGUGCUCAGUUUCCAAUGCACUUGGUACAUGGGUGUUCUCAGUUGCUGGUGCCUUGCUUGCAAUUCCAGUGGGAAUAAAACGAAAAUCUUUGGCACCCCUUGUUUUCUUUGGCACAACAGGUACCAUGCUUGAUAUAAUCAUGGGAAUUAGUGCCUGUGAAAGAGAACAUGCAGAACGUCAAAUGAAGCUUUUGGAAGCGCAAAAUGCUGCCAGUGCUGACGCCGGAGCUGAAUCUUGAUGGCCUUUAUUGGUUUCUUUUCUUCUCCCAGCCUUCAGAAGGCAAAAUGUCUGUGAAUAGCUUUUCGCAAGACUAGAUGGUCUUUCCUUCCCUGCAGUCACAGUACAAAAAACUCAUUUGACUACAAUCAGAGUUGAAAAAAUUCAUUUGGCUGCUGUGAAUGACAUGAUUCUAGCUAAACUUCAUUUGGCUAAAUGAAUCAGCGAUUUCAUGUUGUAACUCCCUCUCUUGGUUUGCCACAUUGUGACAAUAAAAUGGUUGCUUCCUUGCC